AUGCUCUGUUACUCGAGUACUGGGCACCUGCUAGAUGCUCUGUUACUCGAGUACUGGACACCUGCUGGGCGCUCUGUUACUCGAGUACCGGACACCUGCUGGGCGCUCUGUUACUCGAGUACUGGACACCUGCUGGGUGCUCUGUUACUCGAGUACUGGGCACCUGCUAGAUGCUCUGUUACUCGAGUACUGGACACCUGCUGGGCGCUCUGUGGUCACUUUUUCCUGUUUCCAUCCCAAGUCCCGCUGGCGGCAUACGAGUGGCUGGUCUGCUACCUGCUCCGAGAGAGUCACCAGAAACUAACUCAGGAGAAGAGGUCCGGAAGCAGUGACUUUGAAGCGAGAAAUAACUCCCAGGUUUACUGCUGCCGCUCGCUGGCGCUGGCCUUCCUGGAGCUCACCGUGGUGCGCAGGUUCCACGAGCACACGCACCAGCCCGACGUGCCGCCCCCGCUGCGGACCGUGCUCCGGCGGCUCAGCGCCCUCUACGGCCUGUGGUCCCUGAGCCAGCACACGGCCCUGCUGUACCGCGGCGGCUACUUUUCCGGGGAGCAAGCAGGGAAGAUGCUGGAGGGCGCCAUCCUGGAGCUGUGUUCCCAGCUGAAAGACGACGCGGUCGCCCUGGCCGACGUGAUCGCCCCUCCUGACUUUAUCCUGGACUCCCCGAUUGGCAGAGCUGACGGCGAG